AUGAAGGGAGCAUUGUUGUGCAUUCUAGUUCUCCUGGCUCUGGCAGCCAUCAGCUCCGCACAGCGUGGCCGCGGAGGUGGCAAGGGCCGCGGCGGAGGCGGUUCGUCGCCCGGUGGAAGACCGGGAACAGGUGGAGGUGGAAGAGGAGGCGGCGGCGGCUCUCCAGGUCGCGGCCGCGGCUCUCCUGGUCGCGGCGGCGAUAGGGAUAAUGAUGAUGACCGUGAUAAUGAGAACGGUGGUGGUGGUCAAGGCGGUGCACCAGCUAGAAGCCAGCCUGCUGAAGGACAGGCAGAUAAUGACAAAAGUGAUCGACGGGCUGUUGGACGACCAGGCGGUAAGGGACCUCAGCGUGGAGGACGACAAGGAGGUGAAGGCCCACAGCGUGGUGGUGGCAGACCAGGUGGUGAUGGGCAACAGAAGUCUGGUGGCCGACCAGGCGGCAAACCAGGCCCACAACGACGACCAGGAAGUGCAGGGCCACAACGCGGAGGAGGACGACCAGGCGGCAAAGGCCCACAACGCUCAGGAGGACGACCAAGGGGCAAAGGUCCACAGCAGGGUGGAGGACGACGAGGUGGUCGCCCCGGAGGCAAUAACAACUCACCAAGGCCUAACCCACUAGCUAGAGCACUGAAUUGCCCUGUCAACCCUGCUCCAAUGGCAAUGGUUGAUCACAGUGCCGUAUCCAUUCAAGAUAUCCGCAGCUGCAUCCAGGAAGCCUUUAGAGCAGCUGGUCCAGGUGGUCCAGGUGGUCCAGGUGGUUCAGGUGGCCCAGGUGGUUCAGGUGGCCCCCAAGGUGGAUCCGGCCAAGACGGUUCAGGGCAACAGGGCCCAGGUCAGGAUGGACCAGGCAUGGGAGGAUCCGGAGCGGGUGGGCCGCCAGCUGGUGGGCCUCCGGACGGCCAGGGUUCAGGUACUGACGGACCUAUGGGAAGUGGUGCAGGCGAGGAGAAUGUGUGCAGCCUGGUACGUCAAUUAUGCUGCAGCUUCCAGCGAAUCUGCCUCAAUAUUGCCCGAUCCCUGCGCCCCUUGUAA